UGUCACCAGCAGCUCCGCUUACGGAGCCGAAAGUGCAGAAGGAAAUCCAUCCAUUUAACAAAAGCGGAAGGGCCUGCAAUCCCCCCACAACCCAGAGAGACGGAAACAGACUCGGAACAGAAACCAUUCAGCUCCGUUUCGAUUUGCACUCGCUUUUCCGCUUCAUCUAAACUUGCCUGAUCAGACCAUGGCAAGUGGGCAUCCCAUUAACUCAUUUGCUUUCAUGUACAGACCAGAAAGUUCUCAGAACUCAAAGAGUAACGGUCAACCGUCUUCCAGCAUGAAUCCUGUUUAUAGUCCUGUUCAGCCAGGCACAGCAUAUGGAAACCCCAAGACCAUGACGUACCCAGGCUAUUCUGCAGGUUAUCCCAGUACAGCUCCUGCAUACACGCCUAACAUCUACCAGACGGGAACACCGGGAUACCCUCCAGGAUAUACUACAGGAACUCCUUACAAGGUGCCCCCAGCGCAGACGAACAGCGCCCCUCCUCCAUACUCAGCAUCUCCGAGUCCCUACUCCACGGCCAUGUACCCGAUCAGAAGUGCCUACCCUCAGCAAAAUCUCUACACUCAGGGUGCGUAUUAUUCACAGCCAGUGUUUGCUCAGCCGUAUGUAAUCAAUCACACCACUGUGGUGCAGCCCAACAGCCUGCAGUCAGCCAUCUACCCAGCAACGGUGCCUGCUGCCCGUACUAACAGUGUCCCUGUUGGCAUGCUGAGCGGCUCCACUAUGGCCAUGUCUGCAGGACCGCUGCUAUCCACACCACAGCACACGCAACACAUUGGCACGCACCCAGUCACUGUGCCAACGUACAGGCCACAAGGGUACAGCUACAUACCUCCACACUGGUAGACCUGCCAGUCCACUGCAUACCAGAAUUUCUUCACCGUUCACAUUUCGAGACUUGGAGAGUGCAGCAGCAGGAAGCACUGGCAGCACAGAGUCCCUCUGCGAGUACAAAUACUGAAGGAGCAAUGGUCACUUUGUGUUCUUGGCAAUUUUGUUAAAGCUGCUCAUACGAUUUCAUAUUUUUUUAUGUAACAUUAGAAUUUCUGACCAUUAGUACCAGUAGUUAUAACACAAUUACACUGACCAGCUGUUAUCAUUGGGCCCUGUGCUACACUGUCGUCUGUGCUUCAUUGUGUUCUGUGCUGUAAUAGGGUCCUGUGCUGUACUGGGUCCUGUGUAACACUGGUUUCCGUGUGUAACACUUACCUGUGAAACACUGGGUCUUGUACACCUGGUACUGUGCUACAUUGGAUCUUGUGCAACACUGGGUCCCUAGCAUUACUGAAUCCUGUGCAAUACUGGGUUCCGUGCAGUACUAAGCCCUUUGCAACAAUAGAUCCUGUGCAACACUGAGUUCUGUGCAUUGCUAGGCCCCAAACUAUUUUGUUCUAACAGUCUGAAUGUGCACAUUCACUUAUACUAUAACAUUUUAAGUUUUUGUUUGGUUGUGUUGGUUUUUUCUGCCUGCACAGUGCUCUUAAAAAGGGCUGUCUGUUACAAUGAACCUUUCAGAAAAGGUAAAGGCUCUUGCAUGUCCCAGCACACAUUAUGUGUCUUUAUUAGCAGAAUUGAGGGACAUAUGAGGGCUGUUUGUAUCAUAUUCACUGAAGCUCUAUUAGUUGCACAAUUAAUAGGAGACAUUUCAGUUGGUUAUUUAUCUUGGGUGGGUGUUGUUGAAGGUUAAACAGCUUUGCUGAGUGCUUAAGUGGGUUUAUCAAAUUAAUUGGACAUUUUAAUGGCUUAACCAGCCUUAAUAGUGAGUUCAAGUGUUUUAACCAGCAUUAGUUGGCACUUAGAAUGGAUUAGCCAGUUCUAAAGGACAUUUAAGUGGGUUUACCAACCUCAGUUGACAUUCUAAGUUGGUUAGCCAGCUUUGGUGAAAACUUGAAAUAGGCUAACCAGCCUUAUUUAGUACCUCAAAUGAGUUUACCAAAUUUAGACACUUAAUUUGGUAAACCAGCAUUACAAUUUACAUUUCAAAUAGGUUUAACCAAUUUCAUUAUAUAGUUCAAUGAUUUAACCAGUGAAAAAGACCCAUUAGUUGGGUUAGUCAGCUUUAAUGGUUACUUUCAUGUUGGUCAGCAAGUUUUAGUGGACAUUUCAAAGAGGUUUACCAGUUUUACAUUGCAUUUUAAAUGGUAUACCAGCUUCAGUUGACAUUUCAGUCAGGUAACUUGCUUUGGUGAACAAUUUAAGUCAGUUAAGCAGUUUUAGCAAACAGUUUUACAUAUUACUUGCAAGGUUCAUUACUUUUACUUGACACUUUGUAAUAUAUGAUCCAGUUUUUAAUCAACAUUUUAAUGAGUUUGCUUUUUUUAGUCGGUAAACCAGGUGUGCUAAGCGCGUUAAGUGUGCUAGCCAGUUUAAGUAGACAUUUUAAGCAGGUAGUGGACACUUUCAGUGAAAUUAGGUUCGUAGAUUAUUAAGCAGCUUUUGCUUUGAAUUUUAAAUAGAAUAACUAGUUUCUGUGGAUAUUUCGGUGAGCUAGCCUGCAUAAUAAACCAGCUUAUGAUGGUUUGUUGGACUUAAAUGUUUUGGGCUGGUUUAGAAGAUCUCCCAGCCUUGAAAAGCUGGCUAAUCUAGAUUGUUAUCCAGCUGGUCUUUUAACCAUAAGUCUCGAAAACUAAACAACCAGAACCCAGCCUAACAAGCAAAAGCGGAUUAGCAACUAAAACCAUCUUGUUUGCCCAGGCUGUUUAAAGCAGGAAUUUCAGUAGGACUUCUCAAGUUGCUUACCUUCAACUUUUUGGUAGGUUUGCCGAGUUGACAUAUCAGUGGUUUAGCCGGCAUAAUUGGUUAUUUUAGUGGAUCAACCAUUUUCAUUUCUUACCAAGCUGUGAAGCAAUGUUGACUUUUUAAUUAAUGCAGUAUAUAAAUAUGAACGUAAUAAGCAGAGAACCUGCUGGAGUAGGAUUUACAUGCACAUGCUUUUUGAUCAUGCACUCACUUGAUUGCAUUAAUAUGAAUAUGCAGGUAGAGAAGGUAUUUAAUAAGUCAAGCAGUGCAGCUGGUCUUCUAAAAGGCUUAGAGGAUAAAGCGGAUGUAACUGAUAUUAGCAAUGAAGUGUGUGGACAUAAUAGGACUAUUUGAGCUCUAAGAACUUUAACUAUUUGAACUUUUACACCAGUGUGCACUCAUUUCAUUCUGCUUGACAUGUUUUAUUCAAAAUUAUAUAGAUUAAUAGUAGGAAGCUGCUAGCAGGUCACCAUUUAGACUUAGAUGUUAAGAUGAAGAUGUUCCACUGCCUAGAACACCAUGGGAUUUGGAGGUUUUUGUCACUCUGUAUAUGCUAAUGUAGAUGUCGGACCAACACAAAUAAAAUCUGCGUAGCAAAACAAAAAA